AUGGCUGUCUCUUUGACGCAAUAUUCCAACGAAAUCGCAAGACGGCGCAACCAUCAAGAGAAAGCGACGGUUGGAAUGCCAACGCCAGAACACUUCCAACAUACAUAUCAACAACAUCCUUACUUUCAGCAAACAUAUCCGCCCCCACCUCCGCCGUCUCAACAGUACCAACAUCCCUUCCAACAACCGUAUGCGAACAACAAUUAUGUCCAACUCCAACCGGAUUAUGGAAAGCAUCAACCAACUAUCCAACAAGAACUACCACCUCCUCCUCCUCCACCCCGACCACCAAAAUCGCCAUUGCAAGAACCACCACCACCCCUCCCCCAACGACCAGUCUCCACCUUGACCGCGACAUCCCCUCCUCUCUCCCAACAUCCCACCCCGACCUCCACCUCCACCUCAACAAUCGAACCAGACCCCCUCCCACCACACUCCAACCCGCAAUCCCUCACCCUCUCCCAAAGCGCAGCAUUCACAAACUCCGCCCCCAUCCCCCCGCUCCGCCUCGGCCACGAAGAAAUCUCCAACGCCCAGACAGGCCACGCAGACUACACCCUCACCCGCAGCUCUCCCCCGGGCCUCCUCCCCUCGUUCUCAUUCCUCCUCUCCACAAAACCCCUCCUCACCGUCCAUCGCACGCGCACGGGCAUCCCCAUGGGCCAGAUCCGCUUCCACACGCUCACAUCUUCCACCAUCGACCUGACCCUCCACGGAAAGCAGACGUCGCUCAGCCACUCGGUGAUUUCGAACAAGUGGAGUUUUGAGAGCAUCUCCGCGCCGGAGAGGUGGUAUUGGAAGAAGGACCGGAGCACCGGCGGCGCCAAGUUGGAGGAUAGGAAGGGCAGAGGGGGACGUGCUCUGGCGAGGAUGAGGGGGGAUCUGCUUACUUUUGAGCAGGGGAGGUUGAGCGAGGCGAGCUAUGAAGAGGUGCUGCUGAGUGCUGUCGCCAUGGCUGAGGCCGCGAGGCGGUCUGGGAGAGGGCACGAGGUGGGAGAUUUGGCGCGAGCGAUUGGAGAUCUCGCGAGCGCCGCGUCGGAUGGAGAUAAAGGUGGAGGUGGGAGAGCUGGAGGAGCGUAA